GAAACCAAAACGAAGGGUGUUUUUCAGUGGAUUUUUGUGUAAAAUCGAUAAACAGAUAGACCCUCUACUGCCAACUUCACACAACCCGCUCAGCGGAAACACGGCAUACAGAAUGAAUAUGCCCAACGAACGCCUCAAAUGGCUAAUGCUGUACGCAGCUGUUGUCCUCAUUGCUUGUGGCAGCCAAACUUUAGCUGCCAAUCCCCCAGAUGCCGACCAAAAAGGACCAGUCUUUUUAAAGGAACCCACCAAUCGCAUUGACUUCUCCAACUCCACCGGCGCAGAGAUCGAGUGCAAGGCCAGUGGCAACCCCAUGCCCGAGAUUAUCUGGAUCCGAAGCGAUGGCACCGCUGUGGGCGACGUUCCCGGGUUGCGUCAGAUCUCCUCCGACGGCAAGCUGGUCUUCCCGCCAUUCCGCGCCGAGGAUUACCGCCAGGAGGUUCAUGCCCAGGUGUACGCCUGUCUAGCCCGCAACCAGUUUGGAUCCAUCAUCUCCCGGGAUGUGCAUGUGCGAGCCGUUGUGCAACAGUUCUACGAAUCGGAGGUCAACAACGAGUACGUCAUAAGGGGCAAUGCGGCGGUGUUAAAGUGCUCGAUUCCCUCCUUUGUUGCGGACUUUGUGCAGGUCGUAUCCUGGCAGGACGAAGAGGGCAAGCUGUACGGCUCACUUGGCGAUCAACAGGGAACCGAUGGAAAAUACCUUGUACUGCCCUCUGGAGAGUUGCACAUCCGUGAAGUUGGACCCGAAGAUGGAUACAAGAGCUACCAGUGCAGAACCAAACAUCGAUUGACCGGAGAGACCCGAUUGAGUGCCACCAAAGGACGAUUGGUUAUUACAGAACCCAUUGGCUCUGUGCCACCAAAGAUCAACAACAUCAACGACAAGUUUCAACUGAUGCAGGUUAAAUUGGAAAGUGACUUUGCAAUGCAGUGUCCAGGUCAAGCCUAUCCGGUUCCGGUUGUUAGAUGGUACAAGUUCAUCGAAGGCACAACCCGCAAGCAAGCUGUGGUUCUAAACGAUCGUGUUAAGCAGGUCUCCGGCACUCUCAUCAUUAAGGACGCCGUGGUCGAGGACUCUGGAAAAUAUCUGUGCGUGGUUAACAAUUCUGUGGGAGGAGAAAGCGUCGAGACCGUACUCACCGUCACUGCCCCGCUUUCCGCCAAGAUCGAUCCCCCCACCCAGACAGUUGACUUCGGACGCCCGGCGGUAUUCACCUGCCAGUACACCGGAAAUCCCAUCAAGACCGUGAGCUGGAUGAAGGACGGCAAGGCCAUUGGUCACAGCGAACCUGUGCUGCGCAUCGAAUCCGUGAAGAAGGAGGAUAAGGGCAUGUACCAGUGCUUCGUGCGGAAUGACCAGGAAUCGGCGGAGGCCAGUGCUGAACUGAAGCUCGGAGGUCGCUUUGACCCACCCGUCAUUCGACAGGCCUUCCAGGAAGAGACCAUGGAACCUGGACCAAGUGUAUUCCUUAAGUGCGUGGCCGGCGGUAAUCCCACACCUGAAAUCUCCUGGGAACUCGAUGGAAAGAAGAUUGCCAACAACGAUCGCUAUCAAGUGGGACAGUAUGUAACGGUCAACGGCGAUGUGGUUUCCUAUCUCAACAUAACCUCGGUCCAUGCCAACGAUGGUGGUCUCUACAAGUGCAUAGCCAAGAGCAAAGUGGGCGUGGCGGAGCACUCGGCCAAGUUGAAUGUCUACGGACUGCCCUACAUCCGUCAAAUGGAGAAGAAGGCCAUCGUGGCUGGCGAGACGCUCAUUGUCACCUGCCCCGUAGCUGGUUACCCCAUCGAUUCGAUUGUCUGGGAGAGAGAUAACCGCGCCCUGCCCAUUAACCGCAAACAAAAGGUCUUCCCCAAUGGCACACUGAUCAUAGAGAAUGUGGAACGCAACUCAGACCAGGCGACCUACACUUGUGUGGCCAAGAAUCAGGAGGGAUACUCUGCCCGAGGAUCUCUGGAAGUGCAAGUUAUGGUUCUGCCGCGCAUCAUACCCUUCGCCUUCGAGGAGGGUCCCGCCCAGGUGGGUCAGUACCUGACGCUCCACUGCUCCGUGCCUGGAGGGGAUCUGCCCCUGACCAUCGACUGGACCCUGGAUGGCCAGCAAAUCUCCGAGGAUCUGGGCAUCACCACGGCCCGCGUGGGUCGUCGCGGAAGUGUGCUGACCAUCGAGGCCGUGGAAGCCUCACAUGCGGGCAAUUUCACCUGCCAUGCGCGGAAUUUGGCGGGGCAUCAGCAGUUCACAACGCCGCUGAACGUCUACGUACCACCCAGAUGGAUCCUCGAGCCCACUGAUAAGGCCUUCGCCCAGGGUUCCGAUGCCAAGGUUGAGUGCAAAGCUGAUGGCUUCCCCAAACCCCAGGUCACAUGGAAGAAAGCAGUUGGCGAUACCCCCGGAGAGUACAAGGACCUGAAGAAGAGUGACAACAUUCGCGUGGAGGAGGGCACUCUGCAUGUGGACAACAUCCAAAAGACCAAUGAGGGUUACUACCUGUGCGAGGCUAUCAAUGGUAUCGGCUCGGGACUCUCGGCAGUGAUCAUGAUCAGCGUUCAGGCACCUCCAGAGUUCACCGAGAAGCUGCGUAACCAGACCGCCCGUCGAGGAGAACCCGCCGUUUUGCAGUGCGAGGCGAAGGGCGAGAAACCCAUUGGCAUCUUGUGGAACAUGAACAACAUGCGACUGGACCCCAAGAACGACAACCGAUACACCAUUCGCGAGGAGAUCCUUUCCACCGGAGUUAUGUCCAGUUUGUCCAUUAAGCGCACCGAAAGAUCCGAUUCCGCCCUCUUCACCUGUGUGGCCACCAAUGCCUUUGGUUCCGACGAUGCCAGCAUAAAUAUGAUUGUCCAAGAGGUUCCCGAGAUGCCCUAUGCCCUGAAGGUGCUCGACAAGUCCGGAAGAUCCGUGCAGCUGAGCUGGGCGCAACCCUACGAUGGCAACUCCCCGCUGGACAGGUACAUCAUUGAGUUCAAGCGUUCCCGUGCCUCCUGGAGCGAAAUCGAUCGCGUUAUUGUGCCUGGACACACCACCGAAGCCCAGGUGCAGAAACUGAGCCCCGCCACCACCUACAACAUUCGCAUCGUCGCCGAGAACGCCAUUGGUACAUCGCAAUCCUCCGAAGCUGUGACCAUCAUCACGGCCGAAGAAGCCCCGUCCGGCAAGCCGCAGAACAUCAAGGUCGAGCCCGUGAACCAGACCACCAUGCGCGUCACCUGGAAGCCACCGCCACGCACCGAGUGGAACGGAGAGAUCCUGGGCUACUACGUCGGCUACAAGCUGUCCAACACCAACUCAUCGUAUGUCUUCGAGACCAUCAACUUUAUCACCGAGGAGGGCAAGGAGCACAACCUGGAGCUGCAGAACCUACGCGUCUACACCCAGUACUCGGUGGUGAUUCAGGCAUUCAACAAGAUCGGAGCCGGUCCACUCAGCGAGGAGGAGAAACAGUUCACGGCCGAGGGAACGCCCAGCCAACCGCCCAGCGACACCGCCUGCACCACCCUGACCUCGCAGACCAUCCGUGUCGGUUGGGUAAGCCCACCUCUGGAAUCCGCCAACGGAGUGAUCAAGACCUACAAGGUUGUCUAUGCCCCCAGCGACGAGUGGUAUGAUGAGACCAAGCGACACUACAAGAAGACUGCCUCCUCCGACACCGUUCUCCAUGGCCUCAAGAAGUACACCAACUACACAAUGCAGGUUUUGGCCACCACAGCCGGAGGAGAUGGCGUUCGCAGCGUACCAAUCCACUGCCAAACUGAACCCGAUGUUCCCGAAGCUCCCACCGAUGUAAAGGCCCUGGUUAUGGGAAAUGCCGCCAUCCUGGUUUCGUGGCGUCCACCAGCACAGCCCAAUGGAAUCAUUACCCAGUAUACCGUUUACUCGAAGGCCGAGGGAGCCGAGACUGAGACGAAGACCCAGAAAGUGCCCCACUACCAGAUGAGUUUCGAGGCCACUGAAUUGGAGAAGAACAAGCCCUACGAAUUCUGGGUCACGGCUAGCACUACCAUUGGCGAGGGACAGCAGUCCAAGAGCAUCGUGGCCAUGCCCAGCGACCAGGUGCCCGCCAAGAUCGCCUCCUUCGACGACACCUUCACCGCCACCUUCAAGGAGGACGCCAAGAUGCCCUGCCUGGCCGUUGGAGCUCCCCAGCCAGAGAUCACCUGGAAGAUCAAGGGCGUCGAGUUCAGUGCCAACGAUAGAAUGCGCCUACUGCCCGAUGGAUCGCUGCUGAUUAAGUCGGUUAAUCGUCAGGAUGCCGGUGACUAUUCCUGCCACGCUGAGAACUCUAUUGCCAAGGACUCGAUUACGCACAAACUGAUUGUCCUGGCACCUCCUCAAUCGCCCCAUGUCACUUUGUCUGCCACCACCACCGAUGCCCUGACCGUCAAGCUAAAGCCCCAUGAAGGAGACACUGCCCCUCUGCAUGGUUACACCCUGCACUACAAGCCAGAAUUUGGAGAGUGGGAAACCUCCGAAGUAUCCGUUGACUCACAGAAGCACAAUAUUGAGAGUCUGUUGUGCGGCUCCCGUUAUCAGGUUUAUGCUACAGGAUUUAACAACAUUGGUGCUGGCGAGGCUUCAGACAUAUUGAACACCCGGACCAAGGGACAAAAGCCCAAGUUGCCUGAGAAGCCGCGCUUCAUUGAAGUCUCCUCCAACUCCGUAUCGCUGCACUUUAAGGCCUGGAAAGAUGGUGGUUGCCCCAUGUCCCACUUUGUGGUAGAGAGCAAGAAACGUGAUCAAAUCGAAUGGAACCAGAUCUCCAACAAUGUGAAGCCUGACAACAACUACGUGGUUUUGGACCUGGAACCCGCCACCUGGUACAAUCUCCGCAUCACCGCCCACAACUCGGCUGGCUUCACUGUGGCCGAAUAUGACUUUGCCACUCUGACCGUUACCGGAGGCACCAUUGCGCCCCUGGACGAUGGAACGGGUCACGGAAACGUGCACACCCGCAUCCGACUGCCCGCCUGGAUGCCCGAGUGGCUCGACCUGAACUUCAUGGUCCCCCUGAUCGCCACCGUCGUCGUGGUGGCGGUGGGCAUCUGCGUGGUGUGCGUGGCUUUAUCCCGGAGACGAGCGGACGACAUGCGCGGCGGCCAGAAGGAUGUGUACUACGAUGUAGUUUACAAUCAGACAAUGGGACCCGGCGCCACCCUGGACAAGCGUCGUCCGGACCUGCGGGAUGAGCUCGGCUACAUUGCCCCGCCCAACCGGAAGCUGCCCCCCGUGCCCGGAUCCAACUACAACACCUGCGACCGGAUUAAGCGAGGCCGCGGUGGCCUCCGUUCGAACCACUCGACCUGGGAUCCCCGGCGCCCCAAUCUCUACGAGGAGCUGAAGGCGCCGCCAGUGCCGAUGCACGGCAACCACUAUGGCCACGCCCACGGCAAUGCCGAGUGCCACUACAGGCAUCCAGGCAUGGAAGAUGAAAUCUGCCCCUAUGCCACCUUCCACCUGCUCGGCUUCCGCGAGGAAAUGGAUCCCACCAAGGCCAUGAACUUCCAGACCUUCCCGCACCAGAACGGACACGCCGGCCCAGUUCCCGGACACGCGGGCACCAUGCUCCCGCCAGGACAUCCAGGACACGUGCACUCCCGCUCCGGAUCUCAGUCGAUGCCAAGGGCCAAUCGCUACCAGCGCAAGAACAGCCAGGGAGGACAGUCCUCGAUCUACACUCCAGCUCCCGAAUACGAUGAUCCCGCCAACUGUGCUGAGGAGGAUCAAUAUCGCCGUUACACCCGCGUCAACUCGCAAGGAGGCAGCCUGUACUCCGGACCCGGACCCGAAUACGAUGAUCCCGCCAACUGCGCCCCCGAGGAGGAUCAGUACGGCUCCCAGUACGGAGGACCCUAUGGACAGCCCUACGAUCACUACGGCUCACGAGGCUCCAUGGGUCGUCGCAGUAUCGGAUCUGCUCGCAACCCUGGCAAUGGAUCGCCCGAGCCACCACCACCACCGCCACGCAACCAUGACAUGAGCAACUCCUCAUUCAACGACUCCAAGGAGAGUAACGAGAUCUCAGAGGCAGAGUGCGAUCGUGAUCAUGGACCACGCGGAAACUAUGGCGCAGUGAAGCGAUCCCCACAACCGAAAGAUCAGCGCACCACCGAAGAAAUGCGUAAACUGAUUGAAAGAAACGAAACCGGCCCAAAACAACUCCAACUCCAACAAACAAAUGGCGCAGGAUUCACAGCCUACGAUACUAUGGCAGUGUAAUUUGUAAGGCCCUCCUGCGACGAUGGGCGUGGCAUUUUAGCUUAGUGUUUUAAGUGCAUGAAGUGCGUGGGAGUUGAAUGACACUCAGACACACACACAGACAGAUCAUCAGAACACACGGAAAGAAAAUGAGGGGAGUUAUAUACCGCAUAUACACAUAAAAUUAUUCAACUACUUCAAGUAAUUAUAACGAAAAGAAUGCAAAUUUGAAGAAACAUAUUUAUAUUGUCUAUGCAAGCAGCAAACCAAACAUACAUAAAAUAUAUAAAUAAUUCAUAUAUGAAUAACUACUAUAAGUGUGUGCAGGAAAUACUAAAGGAAAUUACUAAAGGUUAUACGAGAGAUAAUACAAGAGCAGCCCCAAGAAAAAAAAGAAAUCACAAAAACAUACUUAUAUGAAUAUUUGAAACUAAUUUCUAAUAAUGUAUUUUAGUUUUAAGCGGUGUCUACCGAAAUAUCAGAUGAAUUCUUGUGUGUAAAGAGAAGAUCGAUUUCGAAAUCUGUUUGUGUAAACUUUUGCCAUUUAUGCCAGGAGCAGAAAACUCAUCCUUUGCCUAGCCUAAGUCAAAGUCAUAAUAUUAACUCGUCUAAUUGAUAUAUUUAGUCAUAACUUAUACGAAUUGUAUAAUUUCUUCCUAUACAUUUUGUAAUUCUUAAGGACAGCGCACAUUUGGAGUUUUGUUUGCGUUUUGCGUUGACUUGUGAUGUUUGUUAAUUUGUAGAACUUUGUGAGUCAGUAAUUGUAUUCUGCAUUUGCUAUAUUCAUUAUGCAUAGGACAUGUAUUUGUCUUAUUUUAAUUUACUUUUAAUUUUUUAUUCGAAAAUGCGCUUCCAAUAGAACAAAUCGAAAACUGUUCAAUGCACAAAUCGCAGCCACAACAAUUGAAUGUAUUAUACAAGAUCCCCAGGACACCGAAGACCCACACAGAUAGACACAAGCACGAUUUUUAUAAACCAAUUCUGAUAUAUACCGUUUUGAACAUGAGUUAUACGCAUUUGAAGCUUUAAGAGAACCUGAAAUUGUUUAUUUCACUUUAUUUGAUAUAUUUUAAGUUAUUAGCUCAUAAGUUGCUAAAUAUAUGAUUUUGAUUUUAUUUACAA